AUGAGGAUAUAUAUGAACUGUGUGGACCCUGAGGAGAGAAGAAUUAGAGAAGCACGAAUGAAGAUGACUUUGGAUGAACUCUCACGGGAUCCACUAGCACAAAGAGUUUGUUUGAGGCUAGAGAGUGCUCCGGUGAUCUCAAAGGAGAGAAACAGAUCACAAGGACGUGUGGAGAAUCCCGGGAUUCAAGAUAUUUCUGAAUCUUCGGCUGGGAGGCCCAUUGAUCAGACCUCUGUGAUGGAGCAAACCGGUGGAAAUUAUGUGAACACAAACGAAGGUAUAAAUGCAGCAGGAAUCAUAAUGGAGCCGGCUAAGGAACUAGGAGAGAAGCUGCAUAUAUCACCUCAGAAAAAGGAGACUGAGAUGGAGAGAAAGUACAGACACGAUUUAGUCAACCCAAGACAGCAAGAGCAUGGAGGCUUUGUGAUGGGUAGUCACGUAACUCGGUCAGGUGAAGGGGAUGCGAGAAGCCGUAGCUCCAAGAGGAGCAAUGCAUCGUGGGUCCAUAGAAGCCAGAACAAAAGAAGGGAAACUGGUCAGUACGGUGAUGAAAGUAGGAAAGGAAAUGAAGAAGGUCCGCUUAAACGCAAAGCAACUAAUGAUGGAGAGGCUACCUCCAAGGUGUCGAAAAAAAAUGAGGGUUUGAUGGUUCACCAGAAACCAUCCAAUUCUCAAUGA